AUGGACGCCUACUCCGGGUACAAUCAGAUUUGCAUCAACCCGGAUGAUGAGGAGAAGACUUCGUUCAUCACCGAUCGAGGAUUAUACUGCUACUCUGCCAUGUCGUUUGGGCUGAAAAUGUGGGAGCCACGUAUCAACAGUUGGUCAACCGUCUUUGUUGAUGGCUCGUCCAGCCGGGCUGGAGGGAGAGUAGGGGUGCAUAUAAUUACAGACGAGGGUGAAGAGCAUAAUUAUCCUAUCAAGCUAGCAUUCAAAACCAAGACCAAUGAGGCAAAGUACAAGGCCCUGUUCUCAAGUCUGGCAGUUGAUAGAUCUCUCGGCGCCAAGAAGGUCGAGGUGUGA